AUGUACAGCGACCGGGAAACCAACUUUGUGGGAGCGGACGCGCAACUGCGAGGUUUCUUCCGCGAUGCCGCUCGAGAGCGCCACAUCGCCAACGUUCUGGGGGCCGAGGGUGUGCAAUGGCGUUUCAAUCCUCCCGCAGCGCUGCAUUUCGGAGGAAUAUGGGAGGCAGCCGUGAAAUCUACCAAGCAUCAUCUUCGGAGAGUCAUCGGAGACACCACUCUCACGUACGAGGAGCUUUCGACAUUCUUAGCGCAAGUCGAGGCCUGCCUCAACUCGCGGCCACUGUUGGCGCUUUCAGAUGACCCCGAGGACCUUGCAGCGCUCACCCCGGGGCAUUUUCUCGUGGGCGCCGCGCUGAAUGCAAUCCCGGAACCGACGCUCGCGAAGGAGCCAACCAGCCGUCUGUCUCGAUGGCAGCUCCUGCAAAAAAUGAGGGACCACUUCUGGGACAGAUGGUCACAUGAAUACUUGCAGACACUCAACGCCCGACCGAAAUGGUGCAAGAAGAUGCACAAUUCGAAGGUCGGAGAUUUGUGCCUCAUACGGGGAGAACUCGUCCCCCCGACCAAGUGGCCCCUGGCUAGGGUCGUGGAUGUACAUCCCGGACAAGACAGCCAAGUACGAGUGGUCACCGUUAAAACGGUCACCACCACAAUCGUGAGGCCUGCGUGUAAGAUCGUACAGCUGCCGUCGAACGAUGGAGACAUCAACACAUAA